CAAGCGGUUCCCUUCGCUCUUGCAAUUGCCCAUCUCUUCCUUUUCCUCCCCGACUCUCUUCCUUGCGACGACCGGCGAUCCUCUCUUCAUCUUCCCGCCGUCGCUGACACCUGAGCAAGAGCCAGCCAACUCCUUCUUCCCUGCGCUCGCCCACUGCCGAUCUGUGCCCUAGCGUCGCUGUUGUCGCCACAACCGACGCGACCGAGACACUUCUCUACCUCUUGUGCGGAGCGAUCUCGACGCCACUAUCUAACGCUGAGCAACAUCGCUGCCGCCCUAGCACUAUCGCCUGCCAAAGCUUCCUUCCUCCUCGUGCCACUGAUAAGGAGCGAUGGCUGCCUUCCUUCUGCCCUGUGCGCCGCCGCCCCUGGUGACACUAUGCCCUAGAUCGCUAGAAGUCAAGAGCUUGAGAAGGCGACAGAGGGUAGCAGUAAUCGGGCAAUGGCAUUGAAGGUUGUGUAUAUGGUUUUUCAGCGAUUGCCCCCAAUUUCUGACAGCAACUACUUGUUGUGGACCAACAGAAGAAGUUUAGUGAAGAGGGCGUUUCUUGAUUUCCAACAGCUACCUCUGUCCCGACAACAAGUUGUCUUUGCUAUGGAUUUGUUGGGCUGUGGAUUAAGGACUUUGAUUGGAGACAGAUGUCUUGAUACGAGAUUUAUUGCGAUACGGACUACAGAUAAAGGUACUAGAUUGUUUAUGGAGACGCUUGGAGUAUUAUUUGCCAGUCCCCAUUCACAUCAAGAGACAUGCCGAUGCACAAAACCAGCCGAAUUACCCAGGGUAUCAGAACAACACGGCCGUGUUGUUGAUAAACACGGGCGUGUCGAGGUUUUCAGCGACCAACACGCUCAAGGCGUGUUGUUGAACACGGGCGUGGCGGAGAUGUUGAAGAGCGACGCAGGAAGCAGAGGAGGACAUGAUCGGGCCGUGUAA